CGGUAAUCAUUCUCAACAACUCUAUUCACCCCCCCCCCCUCUAGAGUUGCACACCUUGUCUAACAAUUGGUAUCGGAGCGGGUAUCUCUAACGCUCUUUGUGACGUUUGAGAAAACGAUCAAAAUUUUUUUUGAGAAUGUUGAACGCAGGGAUAGGAGAAGGGCAACCCACCGUAAGGCCGCCAUUUUUUGAUGGAACAAAUUACUCGUAUUGGAAGGAGCGAAUGAGGAUUUUUGUUCAAUCAAACGACCUCAAAAUUUGGCUUGCUAUCAAGAAUGGAGAUAGCUUGCCGAUGAAGAAGAUAGGCGAUACACUCAUCCCGAAGGACGAGGAUGAAUAUGAUGAAGCUGACUUUAAGAAGGCCCAAUUAAAUGCCACCGCCAUCAACUUCUUGUAUUGUGCUGUCAAUGCCAACGAUUAUCAAAAGAUAUCUCGUUGCCAAACUGCCAACCAAAUGUGGAACAAGCUCGUGAUCACAUACGAAGUUCUAUUGAGUCACUUACAAAAGGUGUCCCAUGUGAAAUGGGUGACGGACGGGGAGAGGAAUUUGGGGUACUUUCACUCUGUUGUGAAGAAUCGCCGGCGGAAGCUUUACAUUCACCGCAUACAGGAUGAUCAUGGGCAAUGGGUCAUGGAGAGAGCUGCGAUUGCGACGCAGGCGAUCACCUUUUUUCAGGCCAUGUUCACAGCAGAUCCUAGUGUCACAGCUUCGGCCUUAGAUAUGAUUCCACGACUGGUCACUGAUGAUGAUAAUGCCCGGCUAUGUGCUGUUCCGGAGAUGGAGGAGGUCAAGACUGCGGUCUUUGCUAUGGAUUCUAGGAGUGCAGCGGGACCUGAUGGCUUUACUGGGGCCUUUUAUAAGGCCGCUUGGACGAUCAUUUGCAUGGACUUAUUGGUGAUGAAGAUCAUCACGAAGAUUAUGGUGGUUCGCUUGGCUUCUGUGCUUCCUCGGUUGCUCUCCCCACAUCAGAGUGGGUUUGUGGCGGGGCGCUCUAUCACUGAUAAUAUUCUUUUGGCCCAGGAGUUGUGUCACGGGAUGCAGGUGGAUAAUGAAGAUGUCAUUCUGAAGCUGGAUAUGAUGAAGGCCUAUGAUCGGGUCUCUUGGUAUUUUUUGAUGUCAGUGCUGCGCAGAUUUGGAUUUUCGGAGAAUUGGAUCGAUCUGGUCUAUCGGGCCAUCUCGAAUAUAUGGUACUCCGUCAUUAUUAAUGGGAUUCGAGAGGGUUUUUUUCAUUCGAUGAGGGGCCUGCAGCAGGGGGACCCACUCUCUCCGUCCUUGUUCAUCCUUUCAGCGGAGGUCCUUUCUCGCUCUUUGGCUCGACUGUAUGCAGAUCCUAUAGUUGCUCAUUUUACACAGCCCCGUGAUGCACCACAUAUCCAUCAUCUGGCCUACGCCGACGACAUUGUCAUCUUCACUUCGGCGAGGGGGGACACUUUAGAGAGAGUUCGAGCAGUUUUACGUUCCUAUGAGCAGAUUUCAGGCCAGGCUGUCAGCCUCCGUAAGAGUGCCUUCUAUAUGCACCCUAAGGCGUUGGCACCCGUGUUGGAGCGUGUUCGAGAUACCCUCGGGUGUUCAUUGGAUGUGUUUUCAUUCACUUAUCUUGGCUGUCCUAUUUAUCAUGGUUGGAAGCGCAUUCAUUACUUUGAGCCUAUUCUGAAAAAGAUGCGGGACAAGUGUUGUGCGUGGAUGGGGCGCUAUCUUUCUCCGUGGGGGAAGGCUAUUAUGAUUAAGAGUGUUCUGCAGGCGAUCCCGACACACUUGCUCGCUGCACACUUUCCUCCCAAGACAGUGAUUCGAGAGAUGGAGUCUAUCAUGGCACGAUUUUUUUGGUCUGGCUUGGGAGGGACUCGACGCUACCAUUGGGGAUCUUGGAAGACUCUGGCACGACCAACGAGGGAAGGUGGGGUCGGCUUCCUUGAUUUUAUGACUUUGGCUAAGUCUUGUUCGGCCAAGCUCUGGUGGAACUUUAGGACACAGGACACUAUUUGGACGGCAUUCAUGAGGGCUAAGUACUGUAGUCGCGUCCAUCCUGUGUCCAAGCAGCGUGUUAAUGAUGAUUCGCACACAUGGAAGCGCAUGCUAGAUGUUCGAGCCGUGGUUGAGCCUGUGAUUCGAUGGCGUGUACUCUCUGGCACGUCUAACUUCUGGUGGGAUACAUGGUCUGGACUGGGUGCCUUGCAUCGCCAGGUCGAUGGCUGCAGUGGGUACUGGACUGAUGGAGUGGGUGAUAUGUAUCGCUCUGAUUUUAUGAUUGACCAUGAUGCUCUACCCCCUGAUUUAUUACGGCAGUUUCGCCUUGAGCCGCCAUCUCUUGUUUCUGAUCUUGUGGAUAUUCCGGUCUGGACCCCGUCUACGGAUGGGAAGUUUACUCUUGCUUCUGCGAAGGAGCUUCUUAGACCGAGGAGGAAUGAUGAGGUGGAGGACAUUGUGCUUAAGAAGUGUUGGCAGAAACACUUACCCUAUAAGAUGUCCUUUCUAGCAUGGCGCGUUUUGGAGAGGCGCCUUCCCACUGAUGAUGUCCUGGCGAGAUUUGGCUUUGCUUUGCCUUCUCGUUUGAGGUCCGCCUUGAGUAUAUGGUGGGCGCAGAGGCCGAGGAGCAGGAUGCUCUCGUUCCUGUUCCACCGCCUGCCGAUGAUCAUUCGUUCGGAGAUUUGGACGCACUAUGCUGCGUGCAAGUAUGGGGAUGCUCGCCCCAACUUUGCACGCAUUAUUUUCCGGGUGGCUACGGCGAUGUCGGAGUGCAUCUAUCGUCGCUGGCCUAGCGGGGGUCUCUUGCCUUCCCGAUGGUCGGUGAUCAUGGAGCACGUUCGACGAGGCUCUGGACGCAGGAGGGUGGUUCCGAUUCGGUGGGUCCCACCGCCGGGUGGCACCAUCAAGGUGAAUGUGGCGAGGGCCCCGCUACGUGGGGCAUUUGCAGCGAUCGUGCGUGACUCGACAGGUAAGUUUCUUUAUGCUCUUUCUUCUAUUGCAUUCAGGUGGGAACCAGUGGAGCGUGGAGGGAUGGAUGUGCUUCUUCGGUGUAUUCAGUGGUGUAUAUCCCAGUCCUUCUUGCGUAUCCAAGUGGAGUCCCAUCAUUCAGAGCUAGCUUGUUUCUUUAGAGAAGGUACCCCGUGGUACUUUCAUGAUGUUUAUGCUAGACUGCGUUUCCUCUGUUCUAUCGUGACGGUCCAGUGGUUUCAUUGUGACGUGCGGGCGAAUGCCCCGACGACUGAGUUGGCAUUGUGGGCCGUGGAUAGUAAAGAGGGGACGCGGGAGUUUACUAAUCUGCAAGAUCUUGACAUUCGGGUACGAUCUCUCCUUCCUAUGGACGAUCUGCCCUUCUUUCGCAUAGAUGAGGAUGGGGGUAACCCCUAGUUGUACUGAUUUGGGUGCCUUA